AUGCUGGAUUCCUCCAGGACCACCCCGCUCUCACCGACCCUCUGCGUCUCGUUUCAAGACGUACCCAGUGUCGUUUUCCAGGCGCGGGUCUCUCCCGGCCAACACCCGUCCCCGCCAAGCAAGCUCAUCUACGACCAGGUGGUGGUCAACAUCGGUGGGGCUUACGGCGCCAACACCGGGAACUUCACCGCCCCCAUGGGCGGUGUCUACUCCUUCUCCUACUCCCUGCUGGGGCAGAAGCAUUCCCGGGACACCCUGGCGCAGCUUCUGAAGAACGGGGAGCCGCAGAGCUACAUCCACAGCGUGCUGAAUCCCGACCAGGCGCAGACCGCUGCCAUGCCCGUUCUCCUGCCCUUCACCCAGGGUGAUGCGCUGUGGGUGGAGCUAAGGGAGGGCAUCACUUGGAGUGAAUGGGGCUCCCUGAACUUCUAG